GUUCUGGCGCCCCACCAGGGAAGGUUGCUGCAAGUGUGAAGCAAUUCCUAGCCAAGACCUAUUGGUCUAUUGCAGAGACCCUUCCGCACGAGUUCCUGAAUAAGAAAUUGAAGGCACGCUUCCAAGACAAGAACAUUUUCUUUCAAGCCACCUAUGCUAGCAAUAAAUUGCCCCCUCGUCUUGGUGAUGAACAUGGCAGUGAUGUGGUCUUGCUGCUCAAGACCUUUGUGGCAGAUCGGGAUCUCUGCCAACCACCUUUGAUCGUGUACCCAGGGUGCAAGAGCUCCGAGGAAGAAGAUCCAGAUGAAGGAGACCAGGAUGCCUUGCCAAAGUCCAUCACUGAGCGCCUCACAGCGGCAAUGGAGGAGGAUGUGAAGAAAGAGGAUCUCGAAGAGGAUCCUGAGUUCUGCAAAGUGAUCGCCAGCUUCAAGUAUGUGAAGUGCAACUUCAAGAAGUUGCAAAAGGUGGUCACAGAAGAUGCGAUUUUGAUCUGGGCUCUCCGGGUUCGAGACGACUACAACCGCAGGGCGGCUCUGGAUUCCGAGUUGCGUGCCCAUAUCAAGGGAGGCGACCCCCAGUUUGAUGUGACCAAGUUGGCAUUUUUUCAAGAAGCGACUGGAAUUGCCCAAGAGACCCACAUUGCCGAAGCCCAAAGCGCUGUGGCAAAUGCCCAGAAGUCAAGUCUGGUUGCGGCCUUUGGCUUGUUCCAAACAUCCUUGGGGAACGACCAAUGUUUGCACGACAGAUAUCUCGCCGCCUCUAAGACAGAUGAGACGCGGGCCAGGAAUGCCGUGUUGGAGAGUGUUGAGUCAGAAGACAGUCUGGGAGCCAGCACAGUCUCUGGAAAGGUGACACCAUGGCUUCAACAGACACUCCAAGGCAUGGGGAGCGGACUUCGAAGAUUUGACAAGGAGCGUGUGGUCGGCUUUGUGAACUAUGUGAGCUCCGGCAUAGUCAGUGGGCCCAAAAUGCUGUACACAAUCGAGGCAAUCACGCAGUUGGCCCACAGUCAUCCUCGCACCUUCAUCGGCCUGAUCCUGCUCCCGAACCGUUCAGGCGGUGAGCCAGCUUCAUUCGAUGACGCUGCAGAUGAUGACAAGGGUUCGAACUCCGACAUGAUCCUGCAUGAAUUUAUCUACAAGCUCAAAGUGAAGGAAGCAACGAUCGUGUUCGACCCCACCACCACGUAUGGUGGCCGCAGUGGUUGCCACCAAUGCUUGCUCGUCACUGCCAUUGACAAGACCAACGUGUUCUGGAAGAGCAAAGCUUGGAGAACUUUAGUGAUCCCAGAUGUGGCAAUGCUGCCGCGAUCGGAGAUGGUCAGGGUGGAAAAGACUAGCAAGACCUUCGCCACCGACAGCAAAAUGACCCCUGUGCAGGAGUUGAAGCAGCACUUGGCCGGCAUCUCGGUUGUUGGCAAGUGCGUGGAGUCACUGACAGACCCGGCAGACAAUUACAAUGUGAUCCUGGACAUGCUUGGCUACGAUGGGCAGUGCGCAGCAUAUUGCUUGAAGGAGCACGCAGCUGGCAAUCACUGGGCAGCGGCUACAAUUUGCCACAGCGACCAUGAGACAGCUUUUGUUGGUGAGCUCACAGCCAACAAGGUGUUUUCAGCUGCAAGAGCUGGUCAGCUCAAGCUGCCCGGGUUUCCAAAUUUUCAGUCUGUAGUGGCAGAGCUCAAGGCGAAGAAGACCCAGCCCUUUCCAGAGUACAGCGUGUGCACUGCACUUCCAGAUGGAACACUGGUGAUCAAGCAAGCUUUGAUUGAGUUGUGGACUCAAAGACAUGAAAUGUUUUGCACCGACAUGGAACCUGGACUUCAUUUAGUAAUUUUGCUCCCCCUGCCACUACCCACUUCAUAUUGUUAA